AUGAUGUCCGUGAGCUCAGAACUGAUUCCAGUAGAGGUGUGUAAGGGCAUCAACGGCCUGGACAAGGUGGUUCUCCGCGAGGAUCGCGGCUGGUCUGCUGAAGUGUACCUUUUUGGGGCUCAUGUGACAUCUUGGAAGAAUAAACAUGGAGAGGAGUUUUUUUUUUCCAGUAGGAAGGCUACUUUUGAACCUCCAUUGAGAACUCACGGAGGCAUUCGAAUAUGUUUCCCCCAAUUUGAGAAGCAUGGGUCUCUUCAACUGCAUGGAUUUGCCAGAAGAAGAUUUUGGACACUUGACCCAAACCCUCCUCCUCUGCCAGAAACUUCCCAUACGAAGGCAUUUGUUGAUUUGAUACUUAAGCCUUCUGGACAGGAUUUAAAUAUCUGGCCUCACAGUUUUGAAUUUCGAUUGAGGGUAACCUUGGCACCUGGUGGAGAUUUGAUUUUAACAUCUCGCGUCAGAAACGUCAACACUGAUGGAAAACCAUUUUCUUUUUCAUUUGCUUAUCAUCUCUAUUUUCCUGUUAUCGGUGAAGUUCAGAUUGAAGGACUGGAGACGGAUUAUCUUGACGAAUUGAAGAAUAAGGAGAGUCUUACUGGAGAUGAGGAAUCAGAAGUGGACAAAAUAUACCUUAGCAGCCCUGCAAAGACAGCAAUAUUGGAUCAUUCGAAAAGACAGAUUUAUGCUAUUCGCAACGAUGGACCCCUGGAUGCAGGUGAGAAUGGCUUUAUAGAGGAGGACACAUGA